AUGGGGGAGAGAAGGAAGAGGAGUGAAGGGGAAGAAAAGGUCAUGUGGGAUGAUGUAUUCGGUGAACCUGAAGGAAUUCGAUCAGCUGAUUGGGCCUGGAGAUGCUCUUUCAAAUGUUUCAGAGGAACCAGGGAACAUUCAUGUAUGCCAUUAGCGCCUGAUCCAAUGAGGGUUCCGUCAUGUCAUAUUUGGUGCCUGGCGCCCUGCCUACGAACCUGGAAAAUCAACUGUUCCUUUACACGAGCAUGCUGUACAGUUUUCUGUGCAGCAUGCUGCGGUCCAUGUUCGGAAACUUGUGGACUUUACUUUUCUAAGGUGAAAGUAAGAUACCAAAGAUUGCCUGAUGGAGAUGAUGAGAAAGAUAUCAUGAUUGUCUAAACACUAUUUUAAAACAAAUCGUGGCAGUACAAUAAAAUGACUGUCCAAUGGGGAAAUCAAGUGACUAAUUUUUCUAAACUGAGAUUUUAAAAGUAAAGCCCAAAGUUCCUCACACUCGAGCCUUUGUUACACCGGCGUUUAGGUCUCCUGUUUGCUUUCUGAUUGGUUGAAUAGAAUAAUUAUUCGGCAAUGAUAACCACACAUUUAAUUCCUUUGAUUGGUAGAUUUCAAAAAUUCAAAUUUUUAUUUUCACAUUAUUCUUAUUCUAUAUGUAGAAAUAAACAAUUUUGACAUUACUAAUAGUUUCCAAGAUUUUAAACACAACACUACAAAAGUUUAAAAGGUUUUUGGGUUUAUAAUCUCAGCUCUGAAUUCAUUAGUUAUAAAUCCCUUAAACACAAAGUUGUCCAGAGGUAGAAUUUGAAGAAUUUGAGCCGCGGCUUAAAUUUAAACCACGGCCCAAAUAUGAUUGGUUCCACUGAAAAUUGUAUUCAGUUUUUCAAGAUUUAAGCCAACCCUCAAUUAAACAGGUUUUUGGGUGAUUUGAGACGCGGCUUAAAUUCAUUAAAUUCGGACACAGGAACUCUUUCAAUCCAUGCAAUGACAACCAACUUGUUCUUAGAAAUUAAAAUAGUUUUU